GGUCCGGAGGCAUAUAGAAGGGGAAGGAGAGGCCUCCCCUUCAAAUUUUCUGCCGUGGUGGGAUUCGAGUUGCACACUGUCACCCUGGAAGCUCUCGCCUUCAUCUUCCUCCCUUCGCGCGUCCUACUACCCUCCACGGCCGGGCCACGCGCGGCGGCAGCAGCAGCAAUGGAGGCGGGCGCGUCGUCGGGGACAGGGAGCUUUCCGGCCGAAGACGGUGAGAUUUGGGUGCCCGUGCUGUCCGAUCCUCUGGAUGGGGGCUCGAAUUCGCCGACCCAGGCGGAGAUUGAAGUCUAUUCAGCAUAUCUGGAUUAUGACGCCAUGGACUUCCAAGCAGUCUUAGAAGGACCCCAAGAUGAACACGAUAUUGAAAAAUUGUUUGGAGGUGCAAUGUUUACUUCUUGCGGUGCACGCAGUGCUACUUAUAUAAAGGAGGCGAAUUUAACUCAUGAGAUUGAAUGUGAAUUUUAUUCACCAACUAGUGAUCAUGGCAUGAUACAAACACUUGCGCCUGCCACGGCGCUUCCUGAGAAAGAGGAGGCCCCUGUCACCAUGGCCCUCGGUGGAGGAGGAGAGGAGGACAAGAAGAGAAAGGGAGGAGGGAAAGGGCACCCGCUGCCUUGUCAACGGAGAAGCAUGAGGCUUGCGCUCGCCGCCACGCCGCUGGAGGAGGGGGCUUGUGCUACCUUCAUAGUAGACCUGCUAGAUUACAUGCCGAAAAGUGGUUGGAGGCACCGAAGUCGCCUGAGAAGUGCACGCAAGAGAGGAAUAUGGUCAUUAAACACGGAACAAACUUUCCUUCUGCCUAACCAUUUAGGGAAUGCGACAUGCUUUCAGGACAUGAGCUCUAUAUGUAAAGGCAAAAAAUGUGGGCACAGAAAAAACAAUGACCACUGGACAUACGAAGAGAUGAAAAAACUAGUGGAUGCUCUGUAUAUAUCUGGGGUUGGAAAUUGGACGAAGUUGAAACAUGAGAACUUUUCAACAUCAGUUCGAACAGCAAUGAAUCUUAAGGAUAAAUGGAGAAAUCUUAAGAAAGCCUACACGGGAAAUGCUAAAAAAAGGAUCUUGCCGACUCUAGACAAGGAUUGUGUCGAAAAGAUCCAGAAGCUAGCCUCCAAAAUGAAGCUGCACUUGUGAAUGAUACAAGAAACAUUGUAUAGUACUUUUGGUGUAGGAAUGAAUCAGCAACAGGAGUUCUGUUAUUUUUUCUAGGACAGCAAGGCAUAGGCCGGCUGCCAUAUUGAGUGUGUAGAGAGUAGAGAUUACCAGCUUAUAUAUCCUUCCUAACUGCUUGUAAAGUACUCUCUUAUUAAUGAAGGGGGGGGGGGGGGGGC